UUAUCAACUCUUUUCCUAGCUCUUUUUAUUUUUAGUACCUCAAAUUUCAAGUUUCAAAUGUGUUUUUUUCGUUAAACUGAAGUUUUAAAACUGACUUGGCAAGCAAACUGACUUGCAAUCUGAUUUUGGAUUCACAAACGCACAAGAGAGAGAGAGAGAGAGAGAGAGAGAGAGAGAGAGCGAUUGAACGGACCCUAACCCUUGCCGCCUCCCUCCGCUGGAGACGGUGGUCUCCUGCCUCACGCCGCUCGCACAGCCUCGCCGUUCCUUCCUCCUCCCAUCUCAGUUGCAGUGUAAGGUAUCUGAUAGCAAGCAAGUUCCAACCAUGCUUCUUGGUGAGAACUCCAUUCUGGAAACUCACUACGAUGUUCUAUCUGUGAAGGAGGAUGCAAGCUAUGAUGAAAUCCGCACAAGCUACCGAUCUGCCAUCCUAAAUUACCAUCCUGAUAAAUUACAGAAGAAAUCUGAGACAACCAGCCCUGACCAUGAGUUAAGGGAAAGAUUUUUGAAGGUACAGAGAGCUUGGGAAAUCCUCAGCAAUUCGAAUUCACGAGCUAUUUAUGAUAGUGAAUUGCGAGCUUCAAGACAUGAUACUGUAGUUGCAGAUGAUAUCAGCUUGGAGGAUAUGACAGUUGAAGAUACUGGUGAAGCAAUGGAGCUCUUUUACCAAUGUCGAUGUGGUGAUUACUUCUUUGUUGAUUCCCUGGAAUUGGGUAAAAUGGGAUAUUCAUUGUUGAGAGAUGGGAAUAAGAUUUUAUUACGGACACUGGAUGCUUCACCGGCAUCAGUGGUUCUUCCUUGUGGGUCUUGUUCUUUGAAAGUUCGUGUAUUGAUCAAUUCAGAUAUAAUUCUUUCAAUUGAUGAUCAUCUAUGAUUGUUGUUGUCAUUGGCACUUUGUUUGAUUGUGUAGUGCUUGAUUUCCAUGUCAUAAUUUCCUUCAAUGUCUUCUAGGCAAUCAGUUGGAGCAGUUGGGUAAGAUACACUAAAAUUGCCACUGUAUGCUGUUAAGAAGACAAUGAAAAAUUUCCAGAAUCUUGACAUUAUUUUCUGGACAUGGUUGUUGUCUUGUUGACAUGAUAGAGUAUGUUAUUGGUCAAGAGCCUUGUAACUUAACUGGUUGGCGCCUAAUGGCGUAUCCAACAGUGACAUCAAGAGUUUGAAUACCCCCUCCCCCAAUUAUCUAAUUAUUAAAAUAAAAAGAGAGUAUGUUAUUGGUA